AAAAAUACAUCUUACCCGUUAACUGUCUUGUCAUCAAAUUAGUAUUUGUUGCUAUAUUUGUAGUCUACUAAUGUUUUUUUUUGGGUGGGGGCUACAAGAUCAUGCAUGAACGAGAUAAUUUCAUACAUCUGCCUUUUCAUGUAGAUUCAGUCUAAGCGAGCUGGUAGGUCACAAUGCGCUCUCUGCUAGUGCUGUGGCUGAGUGCAGCCCUGCCAGGUCUGCUGUGGGUCUUCCACUCCGCUCCUCCAGUGGAGGGGGACAACGAUCUCUCCAGGAUCUGCAAGCCCGCCCCCAACUGGACCAUCGACGGAAGCUCGCCGAUGGAAGAACGCAAGGGAAACGUGGUGGUGGUGGCUCUGCUGAAGGCCAGCUGAGAAUUGUGUCUCAAUCAGGCGUCCAGAAUCGGACGCCUGCGCACAAAACUCACGAGCAGAAACAUAACGGGGGUGUCCUUCGUAAUUGUAAACGAUCAAGACGCUGUAUCCAGAUCCAAGUACAAGGAAUUGAAGAAAAGAGCCCCUGAAAGAGUUCCAGUCUAUCAGCAGUCAGCUAAUCAGAGUGAUGUGUGGGAGUUGCUGGAGGGCGACAAAGACGACAUCCUGAUCUACGAUUGGUGUGGUCACCUCACUUUCCACAUGGUGCUGCCGUACACUCUCUUGCAUAACACUCACGUGGAGAACGCAAUCAGGGCCACCUAUCAGGGGAACAUCUGCAACUGCUCCACCGCGAUAAACCACGCAGAGGCUACAGAGCCAUCGUCAUAUGAGGACACAUUCAUUGACAUUCCAGACCUCAGCGACUAUCAUCGCCCCCAUCAUCAUCAUUACUAAGACUAAUUUCAAAAUGAGCAGUAAAAUCAAGACAUGUUCAAAACUUCCCAACCUCACCUUUCUCAACACCAUGCCCACCAAAAACUACGACCAUAACCAUCCUCACUGGGUUCUGUGGUGGAUACUUAAAAUUGUUCAGUGGUUAAUUCGUGUGUUGUUGUUUUUUAUCCACAUUUGAGCCCAUUUUACAUUUAUUUUGACGAAAUGUUUGAACAUCCUGUUUCACUCUCUAAGGAAUUGAAUCUGCUUUAGUCUUAAUCUGCUACAGUGCAGUCGAGUUGUGGCCGCUGUGAUAGCAUUCCUGCACCUCUGCGCUUCUGUUUGAACAACAAUAGCCAGUUUCCCCCCCCCCCCCCCAGUUCUCCCGUUAAUGAAGUCCAAAGUGUAAAACCUGCCUGCAGGAGGCUGUGGAUGGAUGUUCUGGGAGAGAUGAGCGGGGGGGGGCGCACAGUUACCGUCUCCAGACAGAGGCGAGCCAUGAGGUGCUGCUGCUGCUCAGCUGCUCUUUCUCAGUCAGAUUACUCACAAAGCCGAUUCUGUCCUCGUCUCGGUUCAUUUUUCUGCUUUUGUUAUAACCUGCAGGAAUGUGUGUGAGUCAGAGCCGCGGAUUAAGAUGUUUAGAAUUAGAUUGACAUUUUAUUACAGUACAAACUUUGAAUUACUUAGUCGCUGAUUAGAGUGCUUUUAUGGCUUCUUUUAAGGGUAAUUUCUUUUCUUUUCAUUGUAAUUUAAAUUUCUUGCCAGGCUUUGUUUUUUUCCACAAAUCAAGGAGGAACAGCAUGGUGAAUUAAAUACUAAGACUUAUUUGCAAAAUGUCAUUUCAUGACAUAUAAGCUGCAAAAACGUAAAAAAAAAAAAAAAAUAAUGUAAGAUCAAACAUCUGUGUAGUCAUUUCUAGCCGUAUAUCCUCUAAUAAAGCAUACCAAAUCUCUCAGAAA